AUGGCCCAAAAGGGCAAUCCGUGGAAUUUAGCCCCGCCUUCCUUCCAUCUCGCAGUUGUCGCCGACACACCACCAAAGACGACCCCUCAGCUGCAGCGACCUCUCGGCCCACCGCCGUCGUCCAAUAGCACCAGAAACCGCAUCCAAAUCUCGUCGUCCUUUACCACCGACGCUGAACAUCUUCACGAGCAAGUACACGAUACCAAGACCGGCGAGACUAAGACCGUCACUCACGACACCCCUCACGAAACCUCACACACAACCACCAUUACCACAAACCCCUACACCGUCGAGACAAACGGUGUCGAACAAAAGACCAAGCAAGGCGACUCCAUCACACUCGAUAUCGAGCCAUCUCACUGUCCAGCUACCGUCGGCUACGAUACUAGCCAGCUGUGA